AUAUUUCACGACAUGCACGAGUUGGUAAACCACGUGACACGGGAUCACGUGGGUGGUAUGGAUCAAACCGACCACACUUGCUACUGGGAAGAUUGUUCAAGAAAACGCAAAGGUUUUAAAGCGAAGUACAAAUUGGUGAAUCAUAUUCGAGUUCAUACUGGGGAGAAACCAUUUGUUUGCCCUUUUCCUGAUUGUGGAAAAACGUUUGGAAGAAGCGAGAAUUUAAAGAUCCAUCACAGAACACACACAGGUGAACGACCUUUUCCUUGCAAAUUUCCCGGAUGUGAAAGACGGUUUGCAAACAGUUCCGAUCGUAAGAAGCAUAGUUACAUGCACAACACUGAAAAACUUUAUGCGUGUAAGUACGAAGGUUGCGACCGAAGCUACACUCAUCCAAGUUCACUACGUAAGCACAUACGUAUGCACGAAUCCAAAGGUGACGUAAUCGACAACGGUUCCAUUCAUUCUCCCACGAGCUCGUGUGGUUCAGUAGAUGAUGUAGCUCGAGAACAAAACUCCGUUGAAAAUAAUUCCGUUCAAGCAUAUUUACCUCCACGAUUUACGUCAUCACCGAUUCAUGCACCUUUAGCCAUGUAUGAUGCUUCAGAAAGUUUGAAACAAAAGUUUCCACUUGUUGAGAAGCAAGCUAAAUUUACAGAACAUUUUAUAAAUCACGGACAAGAUAUGACAUUAUCUCUACCUCAAAAAAAUUUGAACAUAGCUUUAAAUAAAGAUUGUUACAACGAUUAUUUUUUACCCCAAUACUCGCUUUCUAAUUCAAUUAAACCUGCUUAUCUAGAUGGUCCUUCCUAUUUACCUUCUCGUGUGGUCGCUUAAAUGUUCCGUUCUCGCAUAUGCCUUUAUUGUAACCUAAUAAAUAUAUCGCAUAUAUCCAA